AUGAGGUGUAUUGCUCAUGUAAUUAAUUUGGUAGUUUCUGAUGGAUUGAAAGAAAUGAAUUCUUCUGUAAAAAAGAUUAGGGACUGCAUAAGAUAUAUAAGAAACAGUCCAUCUAGGCUUAAACAAUUUAAAGAUCUUGCUUUAGAGGCCAAACUUGGAACCAAAAAAUCUAUUUGUCUUGAUGUUGCUACCAAAUGGAAUUCCACCUAUCUUAUGCUGGAUACUGCCUGUUUAUUCAAAUCUGUGUUUUAUUCUUAUGAGGAAGUAAAUGAGAAUUUUAGGAAUGAUAUGGUAGAUAACAUUCCUAACAUUCUUGAUUGGCAAACUGCAAAGAAGUUUGCCACUUGCUUAUCUUAUUUUUAUAUCACUACUCUGCGGAUAUCUGGAUGCUUAUAUGUUACCUCUAACAUGCAUUAUUUGGAGAUUUGUGAUCUGUCUAUAAUGUUGGAUGAAAUGAUUGCUAGUGAGGAUGUGGAGAUUAAACAGAUGGGUAAGAAAAUGAGAGAAAAAUUUAACAAGUACUGGAGUGAUCCUUUAAAAAUGAACAAAUUAAUUUUCUUCUCUCAUAUUUUUGAUCCUACUUCUAAACUCAAUGAUCUUUUAUUUUCUCUAUGCAAUCUGUUUGGUAAGGAGCAUGGUUCUGUGUUGUUUGAUAGUGUUAAGUUUGAGCUGAAUAUGUUGUUUGAUGAGUACCAAAGUGCAUAUCUGAGUGGGUUAUCUGGAAGUGGAAGUUUUCAGUUCAGCUCCAGUCAACCUGAGGGGCUUGUUUCUAAUCAUGUGUCAAUCCUAUCUGUGCCUCCUGCUGCUAAGAGGCAUACAUCAUUGAUGAAAGCCAAAUUUGCUGAGCACAAUAAAGAGCAAGCAGAAACUGGGCCAAAGAAAUCUGAGCUGGAAACAUAUUUGAGCGAGGCAUGUGUUGAGAAUGAUGAUGCCUUUGAUAUAUUAAAAUGGUGGAAGCUCAAUUGUGCAAGAUUUUCAAUCCUUUCAAGGAUGGCUCGUGAUAUCCUUGCAGCCCCAAUUUCUACAAUUGCUUCUGAAUCUGCCUUCAGUACCUCAGGCAGAGUGCUUGAUUGUUUCAGGAGUUCUUUAACUCCAAAAAUUGUGGAAGCUUUGGUGUGCACUCAGGAUUGGCUCAGAGCAGAAACCGGCCCUCUUGUGGUUGAGGAAUGCCUUGAUGAGCUAGAACCUUUUGAACUUGCCAAAUUGAGGGAGUCUCUUGGACUCUUUAUGAGUUCCAUUUUGGUUUUGAUGGUGGAAGCAAAUGACAAUUUAUGCCUGUGCUGUUUUGUCCCUUCUGAAGUAUCUUUGUCCCUUCUGAAGUUUCUGUCCCUUCUGAAGUAUCAUUUUGAGAGGCUACUGGCAACUGAAAAGGGUGGAAACUAA